AUGAGGGCGGCCCAGGAUCGUCAAAAGGCCUAUGCAGAUCAGAAUAGAAGAGAUAGUGAGUAUCAAGUAGGCGAGAAGGUCUUACUGAAGGUGUCACCUUUGAAAGGGGUGAAGCAUUUUGGGCAAAAAGGAAAGCUUGGCCCGAAGUUUAUAAGUCCCUAUGACAUUAUUAAAAGAAUCGAAAGAUUAGGUUAUCAUUUGGAUUUGCCGAAUAACUUGGGAAAGGUGCAUAAUGUGAUCCAUGUAUCCCAACUAAAGAGAUAUGUGCCCGAUAAGUCUCACGUAUUAUAUCCCAAGAUCAUAGAAGUGGAUGAGAUACUUUCUUUUAAAGAGAGACCAGUGAAGAUAUUGGACUCGAAGGUGAGGAGUACAAGAAAUAAAGAUAUAAAGAUAGUCAAGGUUUUGUGGUCUAACCAGCGUACAGAAGAGGCUACCUGGGAGACUGAAGAUGAAAUGAGGUAG